UAUGUCUUUAGCAGUCUAUGCUUCCUACAGUGAUGCACAGAAAAACUCAUACACCCAGACCCAGCUCCCUUCCAAGAAGCCCCUCACCAAGUACUUCAACUGACACACUGGAUUUACUGAAGUCUGACCUUACCUGUUCCAUCUGCUGGGAGCUGUUUCGACAUCCUGUCUCCCUUGAAUGUGGCCAUAACUUCUGUGCUAAAUGCAUCACCUGUCAUUGGGACUCAGGUGUUCCAGGUUCCCAACCACCUCGAUGCCCUGAGUGCCGGAGGAGCUGUGAUAGGAGGCAGCUAGCUCCAGACACCCGGCUCCAGAGUCUAGUAGAGAAUAUGAACUUGCUACAGCAGAAUGCAAACUCAAACCAGAAGCCCUGUGAUGUUUGGAAUGGUGAGGCAAAGCAGCUGAUUCAAGUUAACUCCAGAAAGGAUUUCACCCUCUCUCUAGAGGUUCUGGAUCAAUGUCUGAAUCACCCUCAAGCCAAGAACAGACCAGUCUGUCUCAUCUCUGUCCAGGGGGAACAGAGAACAGGAAAGUCUUUCCUUCUCAACUAUCUAAUCCGAGGACUGCAGGGUCUGGAUUCCAAGGAUCCCCAGUGGAUGAGAAGAGGAAGAGGUCUUUCAGGAUUCCAGUGUGAACCAGGAGCUGAAGGCAUCACCAAGGGCUUGUGGCUAUGGAGCCAGCCAUUCAUUCUGGAGAAGGAUGGAAGGAAGGUGGCUGUGUUUCUUGUGGACACAGAAGGGGCCAUAAGUCUAGAACAGGACAAGGAAAUGAACGCCAAGUUGGUGGCCUUCAGCAUGCUGCUCAGCUCUCAUCAGGUGAUAGCCUGGGCCCACAUGUUUUGUUCCCUAGCCUGUGGGUUUUUUCUCUAAGACAGCUUCCCUUCCAGCUUGUUAUAGGAUUUCUAGGCCAGAAUUGAAUUAUAACCCAGGAACUGAACCAAAGAGAAAUGGUGAAAAGCCUUUGAAUCAUCUGAAAAAAUAUACUCAGUGUAAUGCCUUAAUGGGAUAGGUUGAUAUUAUUGUAAUUGGGAAGGAAUGAUGAGGAGUUAUUGAAAAAAAAUCUGUAAGGUCACAAGAUUUAAAGUGGAUAUGAUUUGUAUUUUUAAAUCAUUGUAUUGUUGACAUAUAUACUGUGUAAAUAUAUACCCCUCCCCCUCCCAAAAAAGGAAUGAGAUUUCUAG